CAAGUAAUUCAUGGUAUUCGCUAAUUAAAUGAGUACUCAGAGCAAUUUUUCCAAAUCAAAAAUGGUACCCCACGUGCCAAGUCUAUAUCUUUCAUGUGAAACCUAAAAUGUUUCCUUCAUUUGCGUGUCAUUUCAGCUUCAGAUCUAAUUGUCUCAGGUAAAAUUUAUUGUUACCGAACAUGGACAAACUCUAAAUUAGUUACAUGUCCAUCAAUUAGGCUAUGAAAACGGUAUACACUAUUCACAUGCAUGCCAACACAAUAACGAGCUUUGAAAUACGUGGGUUUCAUGUCCCCAUAUAAUUCAGUAGUUUUUCUUGGAAAUUUUCAUGAAUAUUUGAAUCUGAAGUUUUCCGUGAUAAGAAGUCCUCCUUAAAUUCUUGAUGGUCCAUAACAUGUUCGUCUUCACCAUGUAUUAACACGAUUUGACGAUGAUAUAGAUAUAUAUACACUAUACUUUCACAAGAAUGUCAUAGUUAACUUGCAAUUGUGCAAUGACCAAGCCGUUGCACAAUGUCUGGCAUGAAUUGCAUACAGUUUAAGCUCGCAGAGUUUCAACUACCAUUUAUAAAAUUCAAUUGAGGGCUAUUAGGUACAUAUAAAACUUUUAUUGUUAUUUGUCAGAUCAUCAAACUGAAUAUUUAAUUAAGAAAAACAGAUCGGUCAAAGUAAAUAAUUUGGAUGGUUUCAUCAGUCAGAAGUUCUUUUUUGAUGUUACGCAGUCUCACUUUAGCAAGUCAAACGUUACAAUGAAGUCUCAGGUUCUUUCAUGUCUUUUGAUUCUCCUGAAUUUCAGUUUACUAACCCAGAGCAUAAAAUUUUCCCAUUUUGAGAAAGUUAAAAAAGUAAUUACUUACAACCUCGCGUCUCACUAUAAACCAUCCACUCUAAGAAUAAUUUGUCAAAACUUUACUCAAUUUGAGACAAAUUUUCAUGACUGGGAAUUUACAUAUCAGAUCGCCCCAGUCCUUUUACUUCCAGAACGACUUUCUCCACGGCAUCAUCGCGUCCAUUUUUUCACUUCCACCGUCGCAUACUUUCUCUUUGAUGAAGAGAGUAAAAACUGUGCCGUAAAUCACUUACAUUCUGAGACAGCAAACAGGCGGUGGGACCGAUUAAUUUUAUUUUCAGGAAAUGACAAAUUUAUUCGAGAUCCCGUAAUUUUGAAACUAUUAAAUGGGUACCGAUUUAAAAUGGUCAUGUCACUUGAAUCCAAUUCCAUCUGGGUUGAACCGAAACGAUUCGAGACAAAUUCUCGUCCCCAUUACGGAGUUUAGGUCUGAACCAAAAAUGGGCAUAAAUAUACGUGGCAGACACUUCCGAAUUGCAGGUUGCGAGUUCCCACCCUGGACUUUGAAAAUAUGGGAUGAUAAGCACGAAAAUGCAAAAGUUUGGGGGACACAUUAUGAAAUUAUUAACUUUGCAGCUAAAGUGUUCAAUUUUACCUUCGAGACUAAUGUGCUGGAUGGGCCGAAUUAUGGAGAACUUCAUCCGAACGGUACAUGGACUGGGAUGUAUGCAAUGAUUUAUUACAGAGAACAAGGCUACGACUGGUGUUUCAUGCUGGGUCAUGACGCAUCUUGGUCUGCAUACGUUGAUUACGCCUCUACAUUUGGAACGAUUGACUUGGUUUUUGCAACCGCAUGGCCCAUCCGUGAACUCAAAUGGACAGCAGUUCUUGAACCGUUACAGCUACCAGUUUGGAUUUGGACAGCUUUUUCGUACUUUAUCAUCUCCAUUUUCAUCCUCGUUUUCAAAAGAAUCCAUACUAUUAUGAAAUCUGAAACGAGCAAGAAAACCCAAUCUCUCAGCAUAGUGGAAUCCUGUGUGAAAUCUUUUAUGACUUCGUAUUCCGUAAUCUUAGAACAAGGUGUGGAUGACGUUGAAGGCAUCAAAUCCAUACUAACAAUUUGGUUUAUUUUCACUAUCAUUAUUGGAACUGGGUAUAAAAGCACGUUAAAAUCUCGCUUAACUUUCCCAAGCCCUGAAAUCCUGCCAUCAAAUUACAAAGAAUUAGCAGAUACGAACGACUUUCAAAUCAUAUUAAAUGCUCAAGGCGUCGUGGAAAAGAUGUUUUUUGCAACUACAACAGUUUCCGAAAUGGUCAAGAUUCGAGACCGAAUGAGACAUGAACCUUCGACGGAAAAUUGUGUGAGGGAAACAUUCCUCAAACGACGGACAGCUUGCAUUGGAUGGUUUCCAUAUUUCAAACAGACGGUCUCGGCCACACAGACCCUUUUUUCAAGCAUGGAAUCCUUAAUCUACACCAAACAAGCUGCACAUUUCAACUCGCUCUCCAUGGCGUUUCAAAAGGAUUCGAUUUUUGUGGAUGCUUUCACUCCAAUUACGGCAGCUCUCUAUGAGACGGGAGUAUAUUCUACGUGGGAGAAAAAGGUGAAUAAUUAUUACAAGGAGAUUGGAAGACAAAAGGUUUUACGAGAUAAAGGCUCAAAGAUUUACGAGAGAUUGGUACAGCUUUCGAAAAUGGGAGAAAAUGUAGAAAAAUCGUUACAAUUAGGAAAUGUUUGGGUGGUUUUUAUCAUACUUGUGGUAGGAUGGGUGUUGGGUGGGCUGGGAUUGGUCAUUGAAGCUAUUUUUAGGAAACAACAGAUGUUAAAGAAAUAG